CCGGUCUUUUCUCCAUCCUUUCUGCAUAUUAGCUGGCGGCCGCAAUUCAUCGUACAGCCUCCAUACCCAUUCAAGCACGACUUUAUUCCCGUCAAUGAAACUCGAGUAUGUGCAGCAUAUCUAUGCAUCAAAGUGGUCGUUCAUGCUGGAAUCGAUGACGACAAUGUUUUUCAACAAGGAAUUUCGUCUCGAUGUGGGUACACUGGUGGUGAUCGGGCUGCUUGUUCACGGAUUGACGGUUGCACCAGCAUUUCAGUUUACGACGGCAUGACUGGAAAUUGCAAUAAUGCAAAAGUGGCGAAGAAAACGCGAAAUCCGGCGUAUAUAGAGAAACAUGAGGUUUCAAAAAAAGUAGUAAAAUAA